UGUAGUUUCUGGUGGUUCAACUGUAGCGCAAGGUAUAUGGGGUUAGUCAUUUUGCAAUCUGAGUGUGUGUCACAUCGGUUUGAAGGGCUCCGGCAAACAAACGAACGAUAAUUAAGAAACUACCCUCUAUUUAAAAAAGUUUCAUAACUUUUAAACUAAUACAGUUCCGAGGACAAUGAGUUUGAACGAGCACUCGCUUCAAGCUCUGUCAUGGAGAAAACUUUACUUGAGUCGAGCUAAACUUAAGGCGACCAGCAGAACCUCUGCUCUGCUCUCCGGCUUCGCUAUGGUGGCAAUGGUGGAGGUCCAGCUGGAGGAAGACCAUCAUUACCCUCCUGGCUUACUGAUCGCUUUUAGCGCCUGCACAACAGUGCUAGUGGCCGUCCACCUCUUUGCCUUGAUGAUCAGCACAUGCAUCCUGCCAAACCUGGAGGCUGUGAGCAAUGUCCACAACCUUAACUCCAUCAAAGAGUCACCACACGAGCGCAUGCACCGCCACAUCGAGCUAGCCUGGGCCUUCUCUACCGUCAUAGGCACACUCCUCUUCCUUGCAGAGGUGGUCCUUCUCUGCUGGGUGAAGUUCCUCCCUCUCAGCAAAACACCUCCGACGACGCAUAACAAUGUGACUCAAGCUCCAGGAAUAAGUGAAGGGGAAGCUGCAGCCAUCGCCUCUACCACCAUCAUGGUGCCCUUUGCCUUGGUGUUUAUCGUUUUCGCUGUGCAUUUUUACCGCUCGCUGGUCAGCCACAAAACAGAGCGGCAGCACGAGGAGUUGGAGGUUCUGGCCAAAAUCACACAGAUGCAAAACCAACUGGAUCACAGGGGAGACGCCUCUUCAACACAUUUUGCUUAGUACACAUGCACUUGUUCUCACUUUCUCAAGAGAUGGAGGGACUGUUGUCACCGAUGAAUAGACAUUAGAUGGUGGGAUCAGGGAUUCUGCAAUAUGAUGGUAUUACAAUAGCGUGAUGCCUUUUGCUUUUCUCUUUUUGUUUAUUUUUUAUUAUCUGUGUGCGUUAAUAGACAAACCUUGAUAUCGUUUGUGUGACCAUGUAAUGUGAAACUCCAACAUCUGUUCGCUCACAAAUGAGAAAGAUGGUUUGUAGAAAUGGUUUUAUUACAAAUACAAAUAAUUUGGAUGUAAAAUAAUAGGAGGUUUUAUGUUGGGUGGUUAUAUGAACUCAGUUCUAGGAAAUAGCCACCAAGACUUUUUCCCUGUGAACUAAUUUCCCCUGUAACAUUUAGAUUAUGUUAGCCAGGCAGCGUGGUUAUGCAAUCGAAAGAAAGCGCAAAAAGUGCCACAGACAAAGGCAACUAUUAAAUCUUGUCAAAACUACCUUUUUAAUCGAGUAACACUGUAAAAAACUCUGCUGGUGGUGUUUCAAAUGUAUUUGGCCAAUCAGUGGACACUCAUAUGACUGUAGUUCCUAUUGUGCUGAGUUAAACCCCGCUUUGAAGAAAUUAAGUUCCCCCAACUGGCAUUCCUAGAACUUGAAUCGUAUCUGCAGUUUAAACACACCAAAUUGCGCUAAAAGUUGUAGGAAUUGUAAAAAGGUGCAAACGUCCCUAAUGGUAACACUUAAGGUCCCCUAUGUUAAUGUUGUGGCUUGUUUCCACUGAGUGGUACAGCUCAGUAUGGUACACAUUUAUUUCCGAUUGUACCAAAAAUAGUCGGCGCCAGUGGUGUAGUGGUUAGUACGUCGACACAUGCAGUCCGGUGCUCAAGGCGACCUGAGUUCGAUUCCCGCCUCGUAGUCCUAUGCCGAUCCUUCCCCUCUCUCUGCUCCCCAUGCUUUACUGUCAAUACUCUCUAUUGUCCUAUCCAAUAAAGGUGAAAACCUUGAAAAAAAAAAGUACCAAAAAUAGUAAACCUUUCCGUACUAAUUUUGUGGGACCCUUCAUAAGGUUCAUGAAGUUUGCACUGUGCGCUCGCGGUUUUUACAAUUUUUGGUGCAUUAAUCUAGUUAAUAAUAUUAUUCUAAAGGUCAUUCUACGCACUCAUUAAAUAAUUACUUUGUAUAGCUUUGUUUUACAUUUCAGUGCGUGACACAAUCCUCUAUCUCCACCCUUUUAUCCCACAGUCAAUCACAUUACGUCAUUAGUUAGACGACCACUCAGUUAUUUAGUACUCUUUGUAAGGUACCUAGCACAACAGUAUGACAUGCUUACAAUGUGUCUACAUUUAAUAUAAAGAACUUGAGUUUGCAAAAGAUACAAUAUGUGAAUGGCCCAUAUUACUUUUUUGAAGGAGAAAGAUGUUGAACGCUACUUUCUGGCAUACAUCAUGCUUAUCAAUUAAGGUUAGGGUUGGCAGUGGAAACGCAAGCCUGAUCAGGUUGGCUAGUACUGAAAUGAACUGUACUUUACUAUACUGUAGCGUACUGCUCUGUGGAAAUGAGGCAUUCGAUUAUAUAUUAGUUACAUAAACCAGCACUGAAAACUUUCUAAAGCUUAUACAAAAACGUUAGUUCUAGGUCUGCAACUAAUAAAUAUUUUCAUCUUCGUUGAAUUAUUCCUCAGUUAAAAUUGGAUAAACAUGUGAAUACUGCUAUAAUACUGCUGUUAUACAAACUUUGUAUACAAUUAACUUUGUAUACUUGCUGUUAGGCCAAAUAUUUACAUCCAAAUGCGCAGUAAACCUGUGUUCAGUAUUAUGAUUAUAGAUUGAGGGGGCAUUUAAGAGACAUUUUUUAAAAUAAAAGUGUAUAGUUUUUUGUUUGGUCCUUCAUGUACAUGACAAUAUUUCAGAUGCCUGAAAAUGCAAAUUUGUGUGACGUUUUCUAAGUGCAGGUGUUAUGUAACGUACCAUUAUCAUCUCCAUGUAGACUUCACAAAUGUGAAACAGGCGACGUCAUGUGCAUGUGUGUUACAUGUUCAGGCUAUAAGUCUAUGAGCUGGUACUUGAGAACUGGGAGUGACAACUGUGUUUCUUAAAGCGACAUGCAGAAAUACAGAGAAAACAAGCAGAUCUGUGUGAUCAGGGAGUGCAUGGACAAUCUUGGCUUAAUUUAAAAUGGCUGAUUUUAAGUGCACAUAGUAGAUAAUUAUUAUUCUUUUAAAUAAAGAUUUGUACAAAUAGUACAUCUAGGCUUUUUAAAACUUACUUUUAAACUCACUGUAUUUUUGCAGGAAUUAUUUAGUGAUUUAUCCUAAUUGUACAGGUCUACCAUUUAGGUAAGCCUUACGAAGGUAUAUGCAGUGAGAUGUUGCUUUUCUGAGUCCAGUCUUUCUCUUGGCUGAGGCUACAAACAGCUCAAAAUGAAUAUUAUAAAUAUUGAAUAUUUUCUUUUUCUUUGUUCUGCAUGUUUUGAUUGUGUGAAGACGCAAUGUGGAGUGAUUAUUCUUUAAUGCAGUGUUUCCCAACCCUGUUCCUGGAGGCACACCAACAGUACAUCUUUUGGAUGUCUCCCUUAUCUGACCCAUUCAU